AUGCCUCGAAUCUCCAACUUCGUGGUUAUUUCGGCCCUCGCAGUGGGCGCCUCGAUCUUCUCCACUGCUUCGGGCUAUCAGACCGGCAGUGGUGGCCGCGUGAUGUGGGAAAACAAUUGCGACUUCUAUGGAAGCGACUAUCGAUCCAUGAGGGCCACCCCAGACGUGUGCGGUGAUGUCUGUGCGAUCGACUCGAAGUGUACACACUGGGCCUGCAAUAACUACAACGGCGGUACAUGCUGGUUCAAGACGGGCUCUCGACCAACCAAAACUGCCAAGUGGGGCACGAAUUGCGGCUACGUGGUCUCCCGCAGUAAGGAUCAAAACCAAGGUCAAUCACAGGGCCAAACCUCCAGCAGCGGAUUGUCUGCAUCCGAAAUGGGUGAGAUGCUGGGCCGGAUCAACGCCUACCGCUCACAGAAUGGGCUACCUGGUCUGUCAAUUGACAACCGGUUGGUAAACGCCGCCACUCUUCAUUCGCAAGACCAGGCCAACAACUGCAAAAUGACGCACGCCGGCUCAAAUGGUUCAAGACUUGGUGACCGCAUCAAGGCACAAGGUUACGACUUCAGCACGGCCGCGGAGAACGUAGCUGCUGGCCAAACGACUGUGGAGCAAGUCAUGACUUCAUGGUGGAACUCUCCUGGUCACCGUGCCAACCUCCUCGGAAAGAACGUGGAGAACGUCGGAUUCGCAAAGGUGGUGAACAGCGGUUGCAGUAAUUAUGCAACCUAUUGGACGCAGGACUUCGGACGCCUCGGCUAA